CGUAGGAUUGCACCAAAAUUAACAAAAUGGAGUAAUAAAGAACGAAAGCAAAUAAGACCAGUGGGGAGUGGCGACUCUUCUUCACAUCUCGCCGUCGAUAGGAUCGGGCUCCAGCGGUCUGUUAAAGAAUAAGAGAUGUGGGGGGUUGUUAGCCAAAAGGUUUUGGGACAGUCCUUGCAACACCUUCGCCCCGCAGCAUCUGCAUGGAGAGGUUUUGCCUCUGCAACAAAAGAGAUGAAUGUGAGAGAUGCCCUAAACUCCGCCCUUGACGAAGAAAUGUCAGCUGAUCCUAAGGUCUUCUUGAUGGGUGAAGAGGUUGGAGAAUAUCAAGGUGCAUACAAGAUUACCAAGGGGCUAUUGGACAAGUAUGGCCCUGAGAGGGUUCUUGAUACCCCGAUUACAGAGGCUGGUUUUACUGGGAUCGGAGUUGGUGCUGCGUACUAUGGUCUUAAGCCUAUUGUGGAGUUUAUGACCUUCAACUUCUCAAUGCAGGCAAUCGAUCACAUCAUAAAUUCUGCUGCAAAAUCAAACUACAUGUCUGCUGGUCAGAUAUCUGUGCCAAUUGUUUUCAGAGGACCCAAUGGUGCUGCUGCUGGAGUUGGUGCGCAACAUUCGCAAUGUUAUGCAGCAUGGUAUGCCUCUUGUCCUGGUUUGAAAGUGCUAUCCCCGUACUCAUCUGAAGAUGCUCGUGGACUGCUAAAAGCUGCAAUAAGGGACCCAGAUCCUGUUGUUUUUCUUGAAAAUGAGUUAUUGUAUGGUGAAUCCUUCCCUGUUUCUGAUGAAGUACUUGAUUCCAGUUUUUGCCUUCCAAUAGGGAAAGCUAAGAUUGAGAGAGAAGGAAAGGAUGUGACAAUUACAGCAUUUUCGAAAAUGGUUGGGUAUGCGCUCAAGGCAGCAGAAACACUUGAGAAAGAGGGAAUUAGUGCUGAGGUUAUAAAUUUACGUUCCAUUAGGCCAUUGGAUAGGGCCACAAUCAAUUCUUCUGUCAGGAAAACCAACAGACUGGUAACAGUUGAAGAAGGAUUUCCUCAGCAUGGUGUUGGGGCCGAAAUAUGCACAUCUGUAGUUGAGGACAGCUUCGCUUAUCUUGAUGCUCCGGUUGAGAGGAUCUCUGGAGUUGAUGUUCCCAUGCCAUAUGCUGCCAAUCUUGAGAGAAUGGCUGUCCCUCAGGUUGAAGAUAUAGUCCGUGCAGCCAAGAGAGCUUGCUACAGAUCUGUCCCAAUGGCUGCAACUGCCUAGAACACACUUAACUGUCCUAGCAACCUUUUCAAUCCAGGAAAUGGAGUCAUUGCACAUUUUUUUUCCCCUUCCCCAACACUUUUGGGGAGGAAUUGGUCAUCAAAUAACUCGGAUGAGGAAGAAAAUGACGGGAAAUUUUGUGGAUUUGUUUUGUUAAUUUGUUGAGUUAUGUAGGAAUGAUACUACAGUUGGAAGCCAAAAUUCACGUUUUGAUUUGGACUGUUGUUCUAGUUCUCCUUUCGGAGAAAAGCUGUUGCUCAUUCCAAAAUUGUUUUCUGAUGAAUAUUUCUGGUCUUUGAUCAUUUCAUGGCCUGAAGCAGUGAAACUAUUGUCUGUCAUGGGGUAUGCUCUGUAAUUUCGUAAGAGAUGCAGGAUCAGCUGACAAUGUAGAUUUGCUUUAUUCAUCAUUGCCCAUCAUUGCCCCUUA